GAAAUAAAUAAACAGGGACCCAAAUUGUCACUUGCGAUCAGAUGUGGAGUGCAGAAAGCAGAGCGAGAUCCUCUUCCUAAGUGAGAAAGUCUGGAAGAGAUAUUUCCAAACACAUAAAGAUGAACUCAGAAGUGAGUUUGUUAUGCCUCCUUCUGUGCAUGACCACUGUUGUCUGUGAUCGGGUGUAUGUCCAUCCCUUUUACCUCUUUUCCCUUAACAACACAAAGAACAACAGCUGUAAAGAACUGGAAGUCAGAGAACAACUGGUCAAGACUUUCAUCCCCAUCUCUAUUGAGUCUUCAGUAUCUGAAGAGAUCCAGAAUGAAGAGGAAAAGAAACACUUAGGUGUGAACUUCUUGAGAGACCCCAUUCAUACUGUUGGUGCACGCUUCUACAAAGAGCUGAGGAAAAUACACAACGAAGAUAAUAUUAUUGUGUCCCCCAUCCAUAUAUAUGAGUCCUUGCUGUCCUUCUACUUAGGAGCCUCAGGAAACACAGCAAACGAACUUCAGACAUUGUUAGAAUUUGGCGCCACAUCUGGUGACCCAAACUGCACCUACAGAAUUGACGGGCGCAAAGUCCUCUCUGCUCUGAGGUUCAUCAUCAAUGGUCCAUUCCGCUCAAGGGAAAGUGAAGGCCUGCUCUUCUCCAAGCUGUCCUGCCUUUUCUCUGCCCCUGAUGUCCGUUUAUCUGAGUCCUUUGUUCACGAAUUGGUCUUUUCUGAUGUUAAUUUCUAUGUACGUGCAGUUGAUUUUAGCAAUCCUACGCAGGCGGCCAAACACAUUGAGGCCUUUGUUGAAGACAAAAGCACACCCAGAAGCAAGAGUUUGCUAGCAGACAUUGAUCCGGAAACCAGUUUGCUGCUUGCAACCUACACUCAGUUCAAAGCCAUUGUAAAGGGAGCCUCCCUGUUGAAGAAGCCUCAGGAGUUUUGGCUCGAUUCAGACACAGUGAUCUCUGUACCAAUGAUGAGGGUCGUUGGAACCUUUGAGUACAAAUGUGACAGCAACCCAAGCCUUUCUGUAGUGAAAAUUCCUGUUGGCAAGAGCGUAUUUCUGCUACUUUUGCUGCCUACCAACAUCAGUGACCUGGCCACGGUUGAAAAUCAGUACUCUUUGAUGCCUUCAAUAGAAUGGAUGCAAAAACUAUCAGCAAGACAAAUCCAGCUGACUUUACCAAAAGUGUAUUUGAAAACCAUUUAUAAUCUUCAGGAGCUCCUUGCAAAACAGAACAUGGCAGAUGUGCUUGGAAAGAAGGCCAAUCUCAGACUGCUUAGUGACAUGGACCUGAAUAUUGGAAAGAUCAUAAAUCAGCAACUUUUUGAACUCAGUCCCAGUGGCACAGAUCAAAUUGAAGAUCCUCCAGAAGAAAACGAAACACUCAAAGUAACACUGGAUCACCCAUUCCUAUUAGCAAUGUAUGAAAAGGAGUCCUAUGCAUUGCUUUAUUUUGGGACAGUAAGAAAUCCCUUGAAAAUAAUCUAAGCAUUCCCAAAGGAAAAGGAGGUGUCUCAUAUCUCCUUUAAUUUUAGUUUUCCUGAACUAUGUUAUGGUCUCACUGAGUUGCCAUUUGAUGUUUUCAGUUUGCCUUUCCAGUUUUUCUUUAUAGCAUUUGUCUUGAAAUAUAAAAUUGAUUUUAAAAAAUCAA